GUACAGCUGGACAAACGCGACGCACGACACAACGUUUUUUCCCCCUCGACGUUUCUGCAGAGAAACAGGGUAUUUAUCCGUUUUUAACCAAUAACGUGAGCAAACCGACAAAGGAAACACGUAUAUUUUCAUUUUAUUGGAGAUUAUUAGGAGAAUAUAUUAACUGUGUGGUUUUCCUGUGACGUCCCGGGACCGGAAAAGAGCCGUUUCCCCCCGACAGCUGGUUAGCGGAUUCCCCCCUACAAGCUUGAAGUUGUGAGAGCCGGCUGAGAUGAGCGGUCCAGAGUUGGCCAAGACACCGGGAGGUGGGGCUCCGGGCAAGGAGGGAAAAGAGCAAGUAGCCAAUGGGCACGCAGGAGAGGGCAGCGACGCCAACCCAUUCGCAGAGUACAUGUGGAUGGAGAAUGAAGAAGAGUAUAACAGACAGGUGGAAGAGGAGCUGUUGGAGCAGGAGUUCUUGGAGCGCUGCUUCCAGGAAAUGCUGGAGGAAGAGGACCAGGAUUGGUUCAUCCCUUCACGCGACCUUAACAACCAGGGGGUGGGGCAGCUGCAGCAGCAGCUCAACGGCCUGUCUGUCAGCGAUCACCACCACCACAACAACAACCUGGAAGAAGUGGCGAGGAAGAGCAUCUUGAAUCCCGAAGCAAAGGAGUUUGUCCCGGGGAAGAAAUACUAGGAGUCCCCCUCACCCCCACGGAGCCUCCACGCACGCACGCACAUACACGCACACACCAGUUCUCACAUAUUCCCAGAGACUCGGGCGGCCACAACCGCACACACACACACACUGCUUCUCUCACACAACACACACACACACACUCACUCCUACACACUUGAAGUCAAUGGCGUGCUGGCAGGCCCAGUUGGGGGGUGGGGGGAUUUCUUUUUCUUUCUUUUUUUCUGUUUGUUUCUUUAAUCCUUUUUAUUUCUUGUAAACUGAGGGACAUUGGGAACGGGUGGGGGAGGGGUGUAAUACCAGCACCGCCCUUCUGCGGGCGCUAGCUCAUCAUUGCAUUUCAGAUGACACUGGUGAUGUUUACAGAGUAUGCAGAUCUUAUUAAUAUCCCCUUGGAACUGAGGCAGCUACCAAGGAGUGAUGCCAGGGAAAAACAUCUAAUAAACAUGAGAAAGUGCUUCACAUACUUGUUAAUUUGUGUGCUGUCAAAACCGGAAAACAUCAUCCGUAGGUUAAGGGUUUCCAUAGCAGUGAGGUAAGAGAACGACUUCCUUAUUUCAGGGGACUUGAUGGGUUUCUGCCGCUGCUCUGUUGUGUCAUCACGGUCAGUCAUACCCGUUAUCGUUUGCUCCUAUGUCAUAAGCUCCUUGUGACACCACAGUUCUUGUGCAUCUAGAAAUGCGGGUUCUUAUUUGUAUCUGCGGUCGGCUCCGUUUCAAACCAAAUACAACCCCACCCUCCCUGCACGCUUGUUUUGAAGUGUUGUCGACAGAUGAGGACAGGUGUAAUCAUGGAUACAGUUAUUUUCCCAAUUUAUGUGGAAGUCCAUGUUUAUCUUUUGUCCAGUUUAUUAGAACAGAGGUGUGUUUCUCAAUCAUGCAUCAAGUCAAGUUAAGCAAGAACAAUGUAUAACAGGAAAGGUCAGAUUUUUUUUUUUUAAUCUUCAAAAAGCUCAGUUGUCAAAUUUUUGUUCACGGCUCCAUCCUUUUUAGUUACAUUUGGAUUUAUGGGGUGUAGUGAACAACCUUGUUACAGGGGAGUAUUUGGUCUGGAACACAGCCACUGCCUGCCGGAACAACUCAGUUUGUCCAGCAUCAGAUCGAGUGUCCAUAUCCAAAUCAGGUUUUCAAAUAGCCUCUCCUCUUUAUUUUUAUUUUAAUUUUUUUUCUCUUCAUGUUUGUGAGGAUGAGUCAUUUUGUGUCUCUACUGGGUACAGUAACCUGUGGUGUCCAUUCAGUCCUGUUUGCAGAAGGAAAUGUGAGGGGACAGUAUUGUCAUGGCCAAUCAGAAUAAAGCAGUAUGGAGCACAUGGCAGACAGUAUGGCUUCCUUGCUGUUCUACACUCUAGAGGUUGAGGUUUUUGAGGGAGUUCCUUUUCACCAUAAAUAUUUUGUGGUCUGGCUUUCCCUGAAGCAUCGCCCCUUAGUGCAAUUAUAAUCUGGUAAAUUGUACAUGUGAAGAUGCUUUUAAGGAAACCCAAAUUGUAAUCUAUAAUUAGUUUUUUUCUAGUUUUCAGCCGUUUUUUAUUUUAUUUAAAUGCAGAGACAGUAUUGUCAUAAGGGAGAAUCUUGUGAUCUGAUCAUUAAUGUUAAUGCCACUGUUCAUUUGUGGUAUUAACAAUGACAAUAAUGUCUUGUGUAUAUUACUGGAUUAGUGUUAAGUAGACACUUGUGCACUUGUACUUCACUGACUUAGAAGAAUCUGAAAGGUGAAAGUGAUUCUCAACCUAACGAGUACUCAAGUGUGUUCUUAAAGCGUGCAGGAGACGGAAACCUUGGUUAAAAUGGAACUUCCUCACACAGUUUUGGACCACAGCUGUCGGAUGGCGCCCUGGUGAAGCCAAUAGGAUUGUCCGCCAGGUGGAUUGUACAACAUGAAAUCAUUUUUGGUGAAUUUUUGAUUAGACGCGUUAGAUGACCGAAGCCGUUAAAAAAAUAAAUAAA